GAUUAAUGCCAGGAGUACCCUAUAUGAGAGAAUAUCCUCCAGAAUCAUUUUAUCCGAACGGUGAAGGGAAAAUGUUAAAGACACCAAUUGAUUCUUCUCCAAAAUCAUCGGUUAAAUGCUCGGAUCCCCUGCCAGAGGGGACUUAUCCUUUGCCGCGCUGUAUCUCUAAUGUAUUCGAGUACGAUUACGAAACUUUUGAUGUAGAACAACGAUCGGAACUUCGAUCAAAACGAAGAACAAGUCAUAUGAUCACCUGGUUUGGUCAAUACAUUUCAUUUAAUAUCAUCAAAUCAAAUAAUAAUAUCGUCUCGAAUCCAAUAUACAUACCUGCUGAUGACGCAAAUUAUAAUCCACCAAAUUCAAUCCCAGGAGAAUUAGCAGCCAACGGUACAACGUCGCUUCCAUUUAAUUUAUCCGAAACAUUUGAUCCGAAUCAAUUGAAUACCGUACGUAACGGAAUUAAUCAUGGAACUUCAUUUCUUCGUUUAAGUACGAUCUACGGUACAUCGGAUGAAGAUCUCUCGAUAUUACGUGAUCGAACUAGUUGUAAAUUAUUAACUUCUAAUGGAGAUUAUCCUGCAAAAGAUACUGAAGGCAGAUAUAUGUGGGGCACAAUUCCUUGGACGUUAUUCACUUUGGCCAUUAAUACUGUAUGGAUUCGUGAACAUAAUAGAUUAUGUGAUGAACUAUUUCAAAUGCAUGGUAAUGCUUGGUCUGAUCAACGAUAUUUUGAUGAAGCAAGACGAUGGAAUAUCGCAUAUUUCCAAAAAACUGUAUCUGAAGAAUAUCUUGGUACUAUUCUUGGACGCCCUCUUCCCUUAUAUAAUGGGUACAAGCCAGAUUUGGUUCCUGGUAUUGAUACCUUCUUUGCCACCGUUACGUUCAGAUAUGGUCAUUCAGAAUUAAGUCCAGAUUCUUAUACAUAUGACUUGCCUGCAUUUGAUAUUUCAAGGACAAGGGAUCGAGGUAUUCCAUUAUAUAACUCGGUUCGGGAGGCUUAUGGGCUAUCGAGGAAAAACUCGUGGAAUGAAAUUACCAGUAAUUCAGAUAUUCAAAAUAAAUUACAAUUUUUAUAUCCAAAUGGACCUGAUACUUUAGAAGCAUAUGUUGGUGCUUAUUCUGAAGAUCAUUUAGAAGGUUCAAAUUUUGGGGAAUUAGUAAACGCAAGCUUAGUAACACAGUUUAAUCGCCUUCGAGAAACUGAUGAGAUUUGGUGGGAAUCAGAUUCGUUUAAUCAAGAAGCAAAAGAUAAAUUAAGAAAUACCACAUUUCGUGAUAUUAUAAUUCGUAAUCUUCCCGAAGAAUCUCAAUUUGUUAAAAGCAUUUGGACAGUUCAACCUCAAUCUUUAGGAGAUGGUGGAGAAGAUGCGGAGUAUCCAAGUAAAGUCAGUCCUUGGUCAUCUUAUAUUGUUAGAUAUCGCCUGGAUGACACUCGUAUACAUUUUAAAGUCGAACUACAAACUUUAGGUGGUGAAGGCUGGUUUGGAAUGGGAUUUGAACCAUCCGAUAUCGGAAUGAAAGAUGCGGAAUUUAUUAUAGGCAUU